CUGAAGAUAUACCGGAAACAUGGGCAAGGUUCACGGUUCCCUCGCCCGCGCCGGUAAGGUGCGCGGCCAGACACCCAAGGUCCCGAAGCAGGAGAAGAAGAAGCGGCCGCGGGGCCGCGCUAUGAAGCGCAUGAAGUACAACCGCCGCUUUGUCAACGUUGUGGUUGGCUUCGGCAAGAAGCGUGGACCGAACUCGAACCCAGCCUAAACGGAAUCAGUAGCGGAGGCUAGUCGAUUUUGGAGCCGUCGUGCAGCCACUGGUUCUCCGGAACGAUGGAAGUUGCUAGCAUGCAUCUUCAGUGGCGUCGCCAUGCUGUGAACGGCCGCGCACGAGCUACUCCAGCAGCUUAGGGAGUGCAGUUGGUCGUCCUACUUUGUACGUCACUUUGGCAGGGGCUUUCGAGUGACGGAUUGGGAACGGCGUGAGCGGUCCUUGCGGCAGCGCAGGAGGCGGUGGGAUUGCAGCCGGAUACUCGGUCCUAUUUGCGGCUGUUGGCCCGCCCUUGCGCUGCCAUCAAGUUUGAUAGCCGCAGCGGCGAGGAUCGUUGACUGUAACGGCACGGCAAAUCCAGGAUAUACCGUCGCCUCUGAGAACCAAGUACCUAGGGCUGCACACACGACGUCAAAACAGUCUAAUCUUGCCG